AUGGCACCAUCUACCGUUUUUUCGUACUGGCGUCGAGACCAUCGCCGCUCCAGUGCCUCUCCCGUUUCUUCCUCCGUGCAGCAGCCCACUUCGAAAGGAGGUGUGGCCGACCAUCCUCCCCAGCUCCCUACCAUCCAGAAUACCCCGGAAAUCAGGACUUCAACUAGCGACGGAUCGCCCGCGCAGCCUGAUGGGGCUAAUAAUCCUCAAAUCCCGAACGAGAACUCGCCCGAUCUGGAUGCGCUGAAGUUGAACGUUGUCGUAUCGACCUCGAAUGCGCCAUCGUCUUCGUCCACGACCCUCGCCGUACCAUCUUCGUCCUCCGAGAAACAACCCCGUCCUCAUUCUAGCCCUGAAGAGCGAGAACGUGAUCCAACCCUAACCUCUCAAUCAAAUAAUUCACAAUGGUCCUUUACAACCCCGCGACCGGAUGGCGCCGACGGGGAAUCGUCCAAGCCGAACUCGCCCUUCCGACUGUCAUUUGGUAAAGGGCCGUCGAAGUCUCAUUCGCAAUCCGCCGAAAGCAAUAAACGAUCGUCUAGUUCAGGGGUGACUUCGUCAGGUCACUUUCGAUUCAAGACGUCCCCCGAUGAUUCGCCAGCGGAUAAGUCACCCGCGCCACAGAAGGAAUAUAAGGUUGAUGGCACUGGUGCUCGACGGUCUGCGGACCGUGAUGUUUCAGCGGAGCCUGGACACCAUAAAUCUGGAAAAGCGAUGCUUCACCUAUUGAAUCCCAUGUCGCUCUUGGCCAGGAGGAGAUCCUCCCAGAUAGCCGGAUCACGAACGGAGGACAUGAAGAUAGGCGCUCGUAACCUGGUGCCUGCUAUCCCCGAUGACUACGAUCCUAGAAUCCGUGGGAACAUUGUUCAUGACUUCUCCGCGCCUCGUCCCCGCCGGAACCUAUCGGCGACACCUGUUAUCCUGCAGGACGCAGCUAGCCAGAAUAACGCGCAUGAGUCAUCGCCUCGAACAAGUGGAUCGCAGGCGCAUGGAAAUGAUCUCCAGAGUCCAGUAAAUGAGCAGAAAAAGAAACAUGGCCAGUACUCGCCUGUCUUCAAGGAACACUUUGAGGAUGAUCAAAAGGUGCUACAAGUUGAGAACAAAGCUUAUCUACAGUCGCCGUUGUUGAUGAAUUCAUCGAACACCGAUAAUGAAAAUUCUCUUCCUGUGUUUGCCAGAAAGCUACCGUCGAAACUUCCGGACCAAGAUGAGAAGUCGGAUGAGCAAGCUGUUCUUGACCCUGAACCUGUGCCUGAACCAUCGGGGAACAAAUCACCAGCCAACCAGCCAGAGCAGGAUGCAAUGGAAAAUGUGUCCCAGCAACGAUCUGGCUUACCAAGGCAUCUCAAGAGUAACGCCUCUCGGUUCAGUUUCGACAUGAACUGCGUCGAGUCCUCGGUUCAAGAAAAGCUACUCGAAGAGAAGCACAAGGAGAAGGAAGCAGCCCGAAGAGCUAAACAACUUGAAAACGGAGAAUUUAGCGAUGCGGAUGAUGAUUUUGAUAAUGAUAUCUUGGAUGACAUUGACGGUCUUGAAGAAGAGAUUCCUGGCGUCAAUGUCGACGCCGAUGAAGAUGAAUUCAGCGGCUUCUCUGGCCCUGGAAACCUGAUCAACAAAUCUUGGCUGGCUCCUGGACUGUCUCCCAUCAUUCCGAGUCCAGUCUCCCCAGUUCCUCCAAAUUUGGCAGCAGAGCCGGUCCCACAAGGCCAGUCUCUUGGUUUGGGAGUGAACCAGAACCCUUCAUUGCAAGAGUCACAUCCAUCAUAUGAAGAUAAAGCUACCAAUGAUGUCCAACCCCAAUCGCAGCAGAUGAACAACACGGAGUUUUCUACAGCAAUGCCCCAACCGUCCGGGGUUAUGAACCCUGGCGUGCCGCAGACAGCUGUCGAUGACGAUGAUUUAUACUUUGAUGAUGGAGAAUUUGGUGACUUGACCGCUGAAGCUGGGGGCGAAACUUUUGACGAGUCAAUUUUCGACGAUCCAAACAGCCAUCUGUAUGAACGAAAGAAGCCAGCUGAGCCAAUAGCUCCUAUUGAAGCUAUUGAAGAAGAGUCUGAGCUCAGCGAUACAUCAUCCGAGAAGGCUGAAUGUUCCACUUAUUUGAAUAAACCCCAAGGCCUUAAACACGUCCCCAGUAUGGCCAGCGAAUACACAAGAGCUCCUCUAGGACCGGCCCAAUCCGAAGGCGGUAUUCUUUCAGAGCACAACCUCGAGGCCCUGCACAACGCUUUAACCAAAGCAGCCACCCAAGCGGCCACCAAGGGAACAGUUGAACGAAACCCAAGCGCGAGCGAACGGUCCAUGGGUCAGGAGAGUGCUUCACAGACAGCCCAGACUGCAGACUCACAUUCAGGGCUCGUAUCAGACGACAGCCGUCUGAGCCAGCCUAUGGACGCGUUGGCCCUUGAGGAGACUUACGAGGAUUUCAACUACGAUGACGAUUAUGCUGACCUUUAUGACGACCCCAUCAUUGCCGCUGCGAAUGCGGAAGCCCUGGAGAACGAUGAUGAAGGCUUCUACGGCGAAGAAUUUGGGUUCUAUGCGCAGACACUUGGCACCUGCGGCUCAGAACUUACCAACGGCGGGUACUUCGGCCCGCGAGGUGUCGAAGGGAUCACCCGGAGCUUCAGCAGCAGCCGCGGAAAGUUCCGAGAGCCUAGCCUUACUCCGAUCACUGAGCGGAGUGAAUGGAGCACGCGCAACUCAGUUAUCUCGUUGACCACGCACGGGGCCCCUUCCAACCAGCCCUUAUCCAGUCCAGGACUGGCACAACUGGUGGACAUGGGGACUCUCGAUGAUGAAAUGUCUCUGAGCGCGUUGAUGAAGCUCCGGCGCGGUGCAUGGGGUGGCAGCAAUGGAAGUCUGCGCAGCAGCAGUGGCAGUCCACCACCUCAUCCACACUCAUCUUCAAACCGAGCGAGCUUCACUGCACUGUCUGAUGCGAGUCCGACAGUGCAAUCGAUUCCUGCUGAUUAUAUGGGGACGGGUGCAACUACCUCACCGAUUUAG